ACCCGAUCGGGGGAAGCGGCGGUGUCUUCGAGGAAACCGGAAGCCCGUGGUGACCCCUGGCGACCCGGUUUGUUUUCGGUCGGCUUCCAGACUCUGGGGAAGCGAAACCCGGUGGCCUUGGGGGCGGCGCUGCGCAGCCAGGGCUCGGGCUGCCAUGGACACACUAGUCGAAGAUGACAUCUGCAUUCUGAAUCAUGAGAAAGCCCACAGAAGAGAGACAGUAACUCCACUAUCUGUAUACUCAGGAGAUGAAUCUGUUGCUUCACAUUUUGCCCUUGUAACUGCAUAUGAAGACAUCAAGAAGAGACUUAAAGAUUCAGAGAAAGAAAACUCUUUCUUAAAGAAAAGAAUAAGGGCUUUGGAAGAAAAGCUUGUUGGAGCUCGAGUAGAUGAAGAAGCAAGUUCUGUGGGGCGAGAACAAGUGAAUAAGGCCUAUCAUGCCUAUCGAGAGGUUUGCAUUGAUAGAGACAAUUUGAAGAACAAAUUGGAGAAAAUAAAUAAAGACAGUACUGAAUCUUUGAAAGCACUGACUGAACAGCUACAGUCUAAAGAAGUGGAGCUUCUGCAGCUAAGGACAGAGGUGGAAACUCAGCAGGUAAUGAGGAAUUUAAAUCCACCCUCAUCAAACUGGGAAGUGGAAAAGUUAAGCUGUGACUUGAAGAUCCAUGGUUUGGAACAAGAGCUAGAACUAAUGAGGAAAGAAUGCAGCGACCUCAAAAUAGAGCUGCAGAGAGCCAAACAGACGGGGCCACCUCAGGAUGACAUCCCUCAGGACAGAGACCUCGCCAGGCCAAGCCUGUGCCGGGAGGAAGACGCUCCACAUCAGGGCCUUCCCCACAGGGAUAGCAUGCACCAUGCGUACUGGGAGCUGAGGAGGGAGAUGUCCAACUUGCAUCUCGUGACACAGGUGCAAGCGCGGCUUCUGAGGAAAUUGAGGACCUCAGCUGCAGUCCAGAAAGCCUGCACCCCAGCAGGAUGUGUUGAAGACCUUGGGAGAGACUGCGCGAAAUUGCAUUUGACAAAUUUCACUGCAACAUACAAAAGACAUCCCCCUUUGUCACCAAAUGGCAAAGCACCUUGUUAUGCUCCAUCCUCUCCUUUACCAGGAGACGUAAAGGUUUUGUCAGACAAAGCAGUUCUUCAGUCAUGGACAGAUAACGAGAGACUGGUCCCUAAUGAUGGUACCGACUCUCAGGAGCACAACUCUUACGGCCGAAACUCUCUGGAAGAUAAUUCUUGGGUGUUCCCAAGCCCUCCUAAAUCAAGUGAGACAGCAUUUGGCGAAAAUAAAAACAAAACCUUACCUUUAUCCAACCUGCCGCCGCUGCAUUACUUGGAUCAGCAUAAUCAGAACUGCCUUUACAAAAGUUAAUUUGAUGGGACUCACGAUUGGAACAGGAGGACACUUAACCCGAACUGGUUCUCCCAGAGAUUAUUCAGACUGAAGCAGACUUUGAUUAAAAUCUUGCAAAGUUCUCCAAUAUGUACAUUUUGUACAACAUUGUGUAGUUGCAGUUCAGCGUGAGAACCUCCAGUCACACCUUUGGUAACAAAGUUUUUGCUUCUUGGUUUUAAGAAUGGAAAUUUUAGACAUGGUUUUCUAAAGUAUAUGUCCUGCCUAAAUACCUAUUCAUUAAAUAAAAAGCAGCCUUUAUUAAUAUGAAAAAACCAUGUCUGCUGCUUCAGAUUGUAUCAAGAAGCAAGUGGCAAUGUGAAUAGGAUGUGCUUCUGUGACUUCCUCAUACAUAAAGAUCUGAAAUAUAAUGGAAUAAAAGUAGGUUAUUAUGUCUCUAUGCUAGUGUGUUUCAAGAUUUAAAAUCAUUUCUAAGUAACAUGUAUAUACAAUUUUAAAAUGCAAUUUGAAUGCUAAUACUUGACCAUUGGAGCCAACUUUUCCCCAAUAUAUUCAAAUCCUAAAUAGCUAAAAAUGACAUGGUAUAUGAAUAAACUAUAUAAACGUAUACAACAUCCAGUUAAAAGUAGAAAGGGCAUGUCACGGGGCAGUCUCUCCGGUGAUUCAUGAGUCCGUCUUGUGUGUCGUUAUGUGGUCAUUUUCAGCAGGACAGCUGUUUUGCACAGCUUAUGUAUUGUUAGGUUAUAACAUCUGAUAAAGUGAUUUUUAAUUAACUGCAUCUAGAACUAAAUUUUGUGCAGUGUAAUUAUGAAAUGUCUCCAAAUUCAUUCUGACUGGCCACUCACUUAUAAAUAAGAAAUAAUAAAGAUGGCUUCAUGUGAAAAUUCAUCUAUAAUUCCUUCAGGGUUGAAGCAUUAAGAGUAUUAGCAAUUAUGUAUUACCUGUUUGAGGUAAGACUUUAUCCUUAUCUAAAUGGCAUUUCAUAUAUCCUGAAUUUAAAGGAUCUCAGACCAACCUCAUAUAGCUGAAUAUCAUACAUAGCCCAACAGUGUUCACUCUUCACCAGUUAUUUUUGUAUUGGUAUUAUUCACUCAUUCAUGCCUACCCAUGAUUAAUGGAAUUGAUGUCAGAUGCUGGAAUGUGUUCUGUACUCAAGGGAGUACAGCCUCCUGCCAAGUAAUACAACAGGAUCCAAUAUGCAUAAAACAAAUAGAUUCCAGGCUUUAGCUGAAGGAACUAACUACCUGUGUAAUAAGAAAGCAGAGACAUUUCUCAUGUGGCUGCGGAGGAUAUCUAUCAUCUCGUGUCUAAUGUAGCUUACUGGUUUGCCUUUUUGUAAACCAAGAUUAGAAGCUUUCCUUUGUAAAGAGAGUCUUAUAAUGUUUUGAACAAUUCCAAGAAAUUGUUUUAAUUAAAAUUAUUUUUGUUUUUAAAAU